CACGGCAGAGCCAGACUCAGGCGCCCCGCAGCCCCUGCCAGGCUGCGCCCGGAGCGCAGGACUUUGCAGAGGGGUAAGAGCGUCCCCGGCCUCCCCUCCUCUGUUCCCGGCCCACCCCCCGCCGCCUUGGUCUCAUCCCGGGUCCCUCGCCCAUCCCUCCCCGCCCGGCCUGGCACCCCGGAAGACGUCGCGGGCAGGGCCGUGGCCGGGCUCAGCCCCGCGCUGCCCCCAGGCGGCCGGGAGGGGAUGGCUCUGGGGAGCAAGGGGCGGGAAGUCCCUCUUACCCACGGGGCGCAAGGCUGGUCCCCGCCCCCAAGCCCGGACAUGGAGGAGCUGCUCCAGAGCGUGGAGAGGGACCUGAAUAUCGAUGUCCGGCAGCUGGCUCCGGCCCCGGGGGGCACCCACGUGGUGGCCCUAGUGCCCGCGCGCUGGCUGGCCAGCCUCCGCGAGCGCCGGCUGCCCCCCGGACCCUGUCCCCGGGUAGAGGGCCUGAGCGAGGCGGAAGUGAGGACUCUCCUGCAACGCUCCGUGCAGAAGCUGCCCCACGGCUGGACGCGCGUGGAGGUGCACGGGCUGCGGAAACGGAGGCUGUCCUACCUCCUGGGCGGCGGCUUGCCCUCAGAGGAGGGCUCCAGCAGUCCCGAGACCCUCACUCGUUUCAUGCAAGAUGUGGCUGCCCAGAAUUAUCACAACCUGUGGCGCCAUGCUUAUCGCACUUAUGGGCAGCCUUACAGUCACAGCCCUGCCCCUUCAGCUGUCCGCGCAUUGGACUUAGUCCGACAGGCUCUGCAGAGGGUCUAUGGUUGUUCCUUCCUGUCCGUGGGUGAGUUUACCCAGGGCCAGUCAUCUGCAAGAGAGGGUGCCUGUCCCCCUCGGGGCAACCUGGCCUGUCCCAGUCUUCUGCGAGCUGAGGCUCUGCUGGAGUCUCCAGAGAUGCUGUACGUGGUACACCCAUACGUGCAGUUCUCCCUGCACGAUGUUGUCACCUUCAGCCCUGCCAAGCUGACCAACAGCCAAGCCAAGGUGCUUUUCAUUCUCUUCCGUGUGCUGAGGGCCAUGGAUGCCUGUCACCGCCAGGGACUGGCCUGCGGGGCCCUAACUUUGCACCACAUCGCCGUAGAUGAAAAGCUUUGCAGCGAGCUCCGGCUGGACCUGAGUGCUUACGAGAGGCCUCAGGAGGAUGAGAAUGAAAAGAGCCCCGAGGCAACGAACAGGCUAGGCGUCAGACCUGGAGACGAGGGAGGAGAGGGACCCAGGUGUCCCACCUGCCGGGAGGAACUUCGGGGUCUUGUGCUAGAUUGGGUCCAUGGCCGCAUCAGCAACUUCCACUACCUCAUGCAGCUAAACAGGUUGGCGGGUCGACGGCAGGGCGAUCCCAACUACCACCCUGUGCUGCCCUGGGUGGUGGACUUCACCACCCCCCACGGGCGCUUUCGAGACCUCCGCAAGUCCAAGUUCCGCCUCAACAAGGGGGACAAGCAGCUGGACUUCACAUACGAGAUGACGAGGCAGGCAUUUGUAGCUGGUGGUGCGGGGGGCGGGGAGCCACCUCACGUUCCUCACCACAUCUCAGACGUGCUCUCCGACAUCACAUAUUAUGUGUACAAGGCUCGGCGGACUCCCCGCUCCGUGCUCUGUGGACACGUGCGGGCACAGUGGGAGCCCCACGAGUAUCCUGCCAGCAUGGAACGCAUGCAGAGCUGGACACCUGAUGAGUGCAUCCCUGAGUUCUACGCCGAUCCCUCGAUCUUCUCCUCCAUCCACCCAGACAUGCCUGACCUGGAUGUGCCCGCCUGGUGCGGCUCCAGCCGCGAGUUCGUGUCCGCCCACCGGGCCCUGUUGGAGAGCCGAGAGGUGUCCCAGGACCUGCACCAUUGGAUCGACCUCACCUUUGGCUACAAACUGCAGGGCAAGGAAGCUGUGAAGGAGAAGAACGUGUGUCUGCACCUGGUGGAUGCCCACACCCACCUGACAAGCUAUGGCGUCGUACAGCUCUUCGAUCAGCCGCACCCCCAGCGCCUGGCCGGGGCUCCUGCCCUGGCCCCUGAGCCCCCACUCAUUCCCAGAAUGUUAUUUCAGACCAUCCAGGAGAGCACCGGCCGGGAGGACUUACCAGGACAGCUUACGAAUGGGGCAGGCAGGCUGGUUUUGGAGGGCACUCCCUGCGAGGCUGGCUGGGCCAGAGACAGGCCCGGGGCAGGGGAAGAUGACUUGGAACAGGCCACGGAAGCUCUGGAUUCCAUCUCCCUUGCGGGGAAAGCCGGUGACCAGCUAGGCUCCUCUUCCUUUGUCUCCAGUCAAGCCCCACCAGGCCUCCUGUCUUUCUCAGUAGCCUCAGCCUCUCGGCCAGGCCGCAGGAACAAACCUGCCAGUGCAGACCCUGGGGAAGGGGAUGAGGGGAAGAUUCUUCUUCCCGAGGGCUUCAAUCCUGUGCAGGCCCUGGAAGGGCUAGAGAAACUUGGCAACUUUCUGACCAAAGGCCUUGGGAGCCAGCUGGAAGUGCCUGAGCAGCCCCAGAUCCAGCCACCCGUGCAACUGCGGGAACUUCUCCAUCGGGACAUGCAGGCGCUGGGGGUCCUGUUGGCUGAGAUGUUGUUUGCCACCAGGGUCCGAAUGCUGCCGCCUGACGCCUCUUUGUGGGUACGCUUUGAGGCCAUCCGGGGGCUCUGCCUACGUCACCCCAAGGAGGUCCCCGUGUCUUUGCAGCCCGUGCUGGACAAACUUCUGCAGCUGAGUGGACCUGAAGGCCCUGUGGUGGCAGGGAGGGGCAAACUAGCCCCACUCUUUGAGUACAGGCCAGUCUCCCAGGGAUUGCCCCCUCCCUGCCCGGCCCAGCUCCUCAGCCCCUUCAGCUCUGUGGUUCCCUUCCCCCCGUACUUCCCAGCGCUACACAAGUUCAUCCUCCUGUAUCAGGCAAGACGCGUGGAGGACGAGGCCCAGGGGCGGGAACUGGUGUUCGCGCUGUGGCAGCAACUGGGGGCAGUGCUGAGUGACAUCACCCCGGAGGGGCUGGAGAUCCUGCUGCCCUUCGUGCUGUCACUCAUGUCUGAGGAGCACACGGCCGUGUACGCAGCCUGGUACCUCUUUGAACCGGUCGCUAAGGCCCUAGGCCCCAGAAAUGCUAAUAAGUACCUCCUGAAACCUCUCAUCGGUGCCUACGAGAGCCCCUGCAGGUUACACGGCCGCUUCUACUUGUACACUGACUGCUUUGUGGCCCAGCUGAUGGUGCGGCUGGGCCUGCAGGCCUUUCUCAUCCACCUGCUGCCCCACGUCUUACAGGUGCUGGCUGGUGUGGAGGCCUCUCAGGAGGAAAGCAAGGGCCUGGUGGGUGCCCCCGAGGAUGAGGAGAGUGAGCUCCCGGGGGCCAGGCCCAGCUCCUGUGCUUUCAGGGAGGAGAUGCCAAUGGAUGGUGAGGCUGCAGCCUCCUCGGGCCUGGGGCUCCCAGACUACACGUCUGGCGUCAGCUUCCACGACCAGGCCUAUCUCCCUGAGACCGAGGACUUCCAGGCUGGGCUCUAUGUGGCAGAGUCCCCACAGCCCCAGGAAGCCGAGGCUGUGAGCCUGGGUCGGCUGAGUGACAAGAGCAGCACCAGCGAGACCUCCCUGGGCGAGGAGCGGGCUGCCGAGGAAGGGGGUGCUCCCGUGGACAAGAGCAGCCUCAGGUCAGGCGACAGCAGCCAGGACUUGAAGCAGAGCGAGGGCUCAGAGGAGGAAGAGGAGGAGGACGAAGGCUGUGUGGUGGUGUUGGAGGAGGAGGAGGGGGACGGGGAACAAGACGAGAUCACCAGGGCCUCUGAACUCACUCUCUCUGACACUGUGCUGUCCAUGGAUACGGUGGUGGCCCACGGUGGCGAGACAGAUGGGGAGGAAGAAGAGGAGCCGCUGACUGAGCAGUCGGAGGGCAAAGAACAGAAGAUCCUCCUCGAUACGGCCUGCAAGAUGGUCCGCUGGCUGUCUGCCAGGCUUGGCCCCACUGUGGCCUCUCGCUAUGUGGCCCGGAACCUGCUCCGCUUGCUGACAUCUUGCUACGUUGGGCCCGCUCGGCAGCAGUUCACCGUGAGCGGCGGGGGGAGCCCCCCGCUGAGCGCGGGCAACGUCUACCAGAAGAGGCCGGUCUUGGGCGAUACAGUGUCUGGGCCUGUGCUCAGCUGCCUCCUGCACAUCGCUCAUCUGUACGGGGAGCCUGUCCUCACCUACCAGUACCUGCCUUACAUCAGCUACCUGGUGGCCCCAGGUAGCACCUCGGGCCCCAGUCGACUGAACAGCCGUAAGGAGGCAGGGCUGCUGGCGGCGGUGACCCUGACCCAGAAGAUCAUCGUGUACCUCUCGGACACCACCCUCAUGGACAUCCUGCCCCGAAUCAGCCACGAGGUCUUACUACCUGUGCUCAGCUUCCUCACUUCCCUCGUCACUGGGUUCCCGAGUGGGGCCCAGGCCCGGACUGUCCUGUGUGUGAAAACCAUCAGCCUCAUCGCCCUCAUAUGCCUGCGCAUUGGGCAGGAGAUGGUCCAGCAGCACCUGAGUGAGCCUGUGGCCACCUUUUUUCAAGUCUUCUCUCAGCUGCGAGAGCUUCAGCACCAGGAUCUGAAGCUGGAUGCUGUGGGCCGCAGCGAGGGCCAGCUGCCGGAGGUGGCCUUCUCCGACGGGCAGCAGCGGCUAGUGGACCCCAGCCUGCUGGAAGAGCUGCAGAAGGUGUUCACCUUGGAGAUGGCGUACACAAUCUACGUGCCCUUCUCCUGCCUGUUGGGUGACAUCAUCAGGAAGAUCGUCCCCAACCAUGAGCUGGUUGGGGAACUGGCGGGGCUGUAUCUGGAGAGCAUCAGCCCAAGCAGUCGCAGCCCGGCCAGCGUGGAACCCACCAUGCCCAACACGGGCCCCGAGUGGGACCCCCAGAGUGGGGGUGGCCCACGGGAUGACAGCCACUCAGGGACCUUUGGGAGCGUUCUGGUCGGGAACCGCAUCCAGAUUCCUGACGACCCACAGCCUGAGAGCCCCGGCUUGCUGGGCCCCGUCCCGGGGGCGGGCAGUGGGGGCGUCAGCAGCGAGGAGGACAACGCGCUGAAGCGGGAGCUGCCCCGGAGCGCCCACGGGCUGAGCGGGAACUGGCUCGCCUACUGGCAGUACGAGAUUGGCGUGAGCCAACAGGACGCCCACUUUCACUUCCACCAGAUCCGCCUGCAGAGCUUCCCGGGCCACUCUGGGGCCGUCAAGUGUGUGGCACCCCUGAGCAGUGAGGACUUCUUCCUGAGUGGCAGUAAGGACCGCACGGUGCGCCUCUGGCCGCUCUACAACUCAGGGGAUGGCACCAGUGAGAUGGCUCCGCGCCUCAUCUACACCCAGCACCGCAAGAGCGUCUUCUUCGUGGGCCAGCUCGAGGCCCCGCAGUACGUGGUGAGCUGCGACGGGGCCGUGCACGUCUGGGACCCCUUCACAGGGAAGACCCUCCGCAUGAUGGAGCCAUGGGACAGCCGCGUGCCCCUGACUGCUGUGGCCGUCAUGCCUGCCCCCCAUACCAGCAUCACCAUGGCCAGCUCUGACUCCACCCUGCGCUUCGUGGACUGCAGGAAACCUGGCCUGCAGCACGAGUUCCGCCUCGGCGGUGGGCUGAACCCCGGCCUCGUCCGCUCCUUGGCCGUCAGCCCCAGUGGCCGUAGCGUGGUGGCUGGCUUCUCCUCGGGCUUCAUGGUGCUCCUGGACACCCGUACUGGCCUGGUUCUGCGUGGCUGGCCGGCCCAUGAAGGGGACAUCCUGCAGAUCAAGGCGGUGGAGGGCAGUGUCCUGGUCAGCUCCUCCUCUGACCACUCCUUGACCGUGUGGAAGGAGCUGGAACAGAAGCCCACGCACCACUACAAGUCUGCCUCUGACCCCAUCCACACCUUCGACCUGUAUGGCAGCGAGGUGGUCACCGGCACAGUGGCCAACAAGAUCGGCGUCUGCUCCCUACUCGAGCCCCCCUCCCAGGCCACCACCAAGCUCAGCUCUGAGAACUUCCGAGGCACGCUCACCAGCCUGGCCUUGCUGCCCACCAAACGCCACCUUUUGCUAGGCUCGGACAAUGGGGUCAUCCGCCUCCUGGCGUAGGCUGAGGCAGGGCCGGCCCAUGAGGGUGGGCAGACAUCCCCCCCCAGGAGUCCCUCCCUCACCCGUGUUUUCCCAGCAGCUCCCUCUGCACAAGCAUCAGGCCCCACACUCCGAGUGGCCAUGUGGCCUGCAAGCUAGGAGGAGGCAGGAGUCCAGGGUCCCAAACUGCCAGAGCCACCAGUGCUGCCAGAAAGGAUCUCCUUCAUGGCUUGGGGGAGCUGCUGCUUCUAGUUAGCAGGAAGCAAGAGAGAGAGAGAGAGCAUGGGAAAGCAUUGCCCUCCCUUCUCCCUGGCUCUGCCCUCUGGGUCUACAUGGGGACAGGGAAGCUCUGAGAAGAGGAACGGAGAUGGGCCCCGGCCCAGCCAGUCUCCAGCCGAAGAUGCCCCCGCACCUUGCUGAGCAUUCUGUACCCCAGUCUCACAAGGACAGGACAGCUGCUCCAGUCCAGGACACUGAUGGUGCUUGGACUCCAGCCUCUAAUGAGGGCUGGCCGUGGUCCAGGAGUUAAGGGCCUUGGGCUGGGGUUUAAGUGUCCACCCAGCUGGGCCCUGCCCAGUGUGGGACCAGUAGGGGAAGAAAGAGGGCAGGACCAGGGGAGGGAAGAGGGACUGGGCCAGCCGGUGCCUGGCCAGGAGUGACCGCCUGCCUUGCCUGCCCACCCCUCACCACAGUGUUUGUGCCUUGAAACUGAGGAGGCAGCCCCUGGGCCCAGAACCCUCAUGGUCCGACACCCUGAGAGAAGGGGCAAGAAUGAUCUCUGCAUCUCAGGUCUCUCCCAGGGGACGGGAAGACCCAGGCAUCCUGGGACCCUCAUAUUCGGGAGCAGAGAUGAGGUCUGAGCCUGCGCCCCUACUGCCUCCUCAUUAUUUGCAAUAGAUGUAAAUAUGACCAAUAAAUCCUUUGGAAGAGCCAUGGAA